AUGGAUUUACUACAGACCGCCCACUUCUAUGUCGAUUGCAUUGUCGGCUCCAAAAAGCCCACUGACCACCCAGCUCCGGCUCCCGGAACUCUUGCAGCAUCAUCUAAAAUCAAAGUCCUUUUGCUGGAUAAGGAUACGGUCGGUAUAAUUUCCAUGUUUACAACCCAGUCUAUGCUUUUAAAGCAUGAAGUUUACCUGAUUGAUCGACUGGAAAAUGAAUCACGCGAAAAAAUGCGUCAUUUGCAUUGUAUUGCAUUCGUUCGGCCUACUCCAGAUACCAUAGACUUUCUCAUUGAAGAAGUCCGAAACCCAAAGUACGCAAGUUACCAGCUGUUUUUUACAAACGUCAUUAAAAAGUCUGCCUUGGAACGUCUUGCUGAAUCAGACGACCAUGAGAUUGUAACCAGUGUGCAGGAAGUUUUUGUUGACUUUUACAUCAUCAAUACAGAUCUAUUUAGUAUCAAUUUGACGCCUCCCUUGCCCUGGGGAGGACCCGAUACCAGUCAGUCACCAGAUUCUUGGCUUCCGUCGAAUCUUAAUCGCACAGUUGACGGAUUAUUUGCAUCACUACUGGCUCUCAAAAAGGCUGGAUCACUGCUCAUUCGCUAUGACCGCAACUCGGCUCUUUCAAAAAAGCUUGCAGCCGAGCUUAUGUACAAAAUUAAACAGGAGUCUCAGCUUUUUAUUCAAAUGGAAAAGCAAGCCAAAGCUUCUCACAAUGGCAAGCGCAUUGUUCCAGAUACUCCACCUGUGCUGCUAAUUAUUGAUCGUAAAAAUGAUCCCAUAACACCUCUGCUCACACCAUGGACAUAUCAGGCAAUGACUCAUGAGCUUAUCGGAAUUGUAAACAAUCGUGUGGACAUGUCCCAUGUUCCUGACCUCCAAUUAGAGCAAAAGGAGGUUGUUCUUUCUCCAGACCAAGAUCCAUUUUUCAAGAAAACAAUGUACCUGAAUUUCGGUGACUUGGGUGCCUCCAUCAAGGACUACGUGGGUCAGUACCAGGCCAAGACUAAGAUGAAUAAAAACAUUGAUAGUAUUGACGAUAUGAAACGCUUUGUGCAGGAUUAUCCUGAGUUUAGACGUUUAUCUGGCAAUGUGUCGAAGCAUGUGUCGCUUGUAUCGGAGCUGUCACGGCUCAUUGGCGUCAAGGACUUGCUUGAAGUGUCUCAGCUCGAACAGUCGCUGGCAUGUAAUGACUCACACUCGAGUGACCUUAAAACACUGCAAGGGUUUAUUGGAUCAGAAACACUUGACUUGGAUGUCAAGUUGCGUCUUGUGAUUUUGUAUGGUCUUCGAUACCAAAGUAACAGCAAUUCACAAUUGCCCUUUUUGGUGGACCUGUUAGCAACAACCACCAGCGGCGGGGCCCGCCAGCGCGACAUUAAAGCCAUUGUGCAAACAGUGCUGGAAAAGUAUGCAGGUCAGGCACAGCGCCAGGAACCAUUAUACGCCAAGGAAACUGGGUUUUUUGCACGCGCACAAACAAGUAUUGCAAAGGGACUUAAGGGAGUUGACAAUGUGUACACGCAACACACACCACUGCUCGAACGCACUCUCUCGUCUCUUAUUAAGGGCCGUCUGCGCCGUGCUACUCACCCGUACAUGGACCCUGGCGACGGUUCAUUGCCGUCAUGGGCAGCCGGGAACGGUGCUGGCGGAAACACACCUGGCGUUGGCGGCGGGCCCGGCAGCGAGGCGGAUGUGCCGCAGGAUGAGCGGCCGCAGGAUAUUAUAGUGUUUAUGGUAGGCGGUGCGACAUAUGAGGAGGCCCGGUUAGUAGCCGAAAUUAACGCGUCAACAUCUGGAGUCCGUGUCGUUUUGGGUACAACAGAUGUACUCUCGUCAAGUGAGUUUUUGGAUGUAAUGGAAACCAUGAGUAAAGCAUGGCUCGGGUCCGGGUCCCAUGGGAACUCUUCACUACGAGACGCGUCUCCCGCCACACGUCUAGCAUCGCGUAUUCGAUAA